AUGGACAUACCCAUAGCAGAAAAUGUAUUAGGUACACUCGGCGCAGUUAGUUAUCAAUUCAAGCCCACUAAGAUACUCUCUACUAAUGACUUUAAACUUCUAGAUGGAUUACAGGGAUCCAUGAUGCUGCUAUGGGCAUCAGCAGGUGUUCCACUCGGAGUGUACAACAUCGUUGAAAACUUCAAUGUGGCAUUGCGGAUCCAGCCUCAGAUACUCACGGUUCUAAGUCUGAUAACCUGGGCUCAAUGUCUUCACUACGGCAAGCGGUACUCGGUCUCAAAAUGCAUUGCUGUGAUUGUUCCAAUGAUUCUGCUAUUCGGUGGUGUGGAAGCAGGACUGAUAUUUGCGCUGAGAGCAGCCAAACGUAGGCAUUUGGAAUGGCCUGUUAUUUUGAUGGCUGUUCUCAGUGCGUGUCUUCUUGCUGGUGGUGUGUUGACGCAUUACUGGGAUAUUUAUAUCCAUCGUACUGUUCGUGGAAUCAGCUUCUUCUUCGUUGGUAUCGACGCUGCUGGAGAUUUGUUCUCUCUCAUAUCACUUUUGUUUGGACCGAGUAUUGAUACACUGUCUGUCCUUGGCAUGGUCAUCUAUGGAACUGAGUUGACUCUUUGGUUGGGUAUCUUUACCUGUGGUGCCAUCUUCAAUCUUGUCCCUUGGUUGAAGACGCGAUCAAAGAAGUCUGAGACACCACAAGAACCGAUCACUUUGCAUCAGAUGCCAUCGUCAACGUCAGUAUUUAGAACUAUAUCUGGAUCUGAAGUGGCCGAGCGACGGGGCUGGCCACGCGGGGAAAGUUAG